AUGGGAAUCCUCUCUGUGAACCGGUACAGUUGUCGAGACUCUUUGAUUGCUAUCAAACUGACUGAUGCUGGGACCUGGGGCCCCAUGGCCCCAGAGUCUUCAGGAGCUUUAAGUUGGACAAAAUGUCCCUCAGGCCAGGGCCAGGCUGGGUCAGUUUACCAAGCAGCAGUACCACAAACCCAGGGCCCAUCAGAUAAGAUGUCCCAGGACAUUACUGAGGGACUGGCCCCCUCCUCCAGGGCCCAAGCAGGGAUUCCUCCAGAGCACGGGGGGAACAGCUCCCUAUGGAAUGCCGGGAUUUGA